AACACACAUAUAGUGAACAAAAUAAAACUUACAAUAUGUAAAAUCUACUAGACUACAAAUGCUACAAAUAUUUUACGUUUUUACAAACCAAAACAAUAAUGUGGAAUAAUGUUCUCCUCGCAAAAAUAUCUUGAUGAUAAAACUGGUCCUGAUGAUCUCAACCGAUUUCAAUAUCUUCAGGCUUUAGUUACGGAAUUUCAAGAUACGUCUAGCAAUGAUGCUAAGUCUCAAGUGCUUGCUAAUUUGGCAAAUUUUGCUUAUGAUCCUAUAAAUUAUACUCAUCUUAGAAAGUUGAAUGUGGCUGAAUUGUUUUUAGACAUGCUGACUGAAGACAAUGAAAAAUAUGUUGAGUUUGGAAUGAGUGGAUUAUGCAAUUUUUGUCUUGAUCCUCAUUGUCGUGAUACGAUUAUUAAAAAUGAUGGAUUACAAGAGAUUGUGAACUGUUUGUCAAGUUCCAAUGAAGAAACAGUUUUAUCAGCAAUAACAACUUUAAUCUAUUUAAAAGGCUCAGACACUUUGCAAGAGCUAGGAUCAGACCAAAUCAUUGAAUGUAUGACAACCUACUCAACUUCUUCAAAUACCCGCCUGGCGAACGUUGCAACAGUUUAUUUGGAGAAUUUCAAGAAAAGUGCGUGACUUUGAUGAAAAGGAUCUUUUAAAAUAUCAAGGGGAGAAGCAGAAACCUAUUUCUUGUAAAAUUUUCGUAAAAUAUUGCGUGUAAUUCUCUUCAAUAUCUUCAAAUAUAUUAAAUAAACGUUGUGUAACUACAUGAAGUAUCGCUUCUUACGUUGCCAUGGAAAUAAAAAUUUGUAGAUACAA